ACGCAGCCCAGUCCGACCCCAUUCACCAUCUCUACCAGUGGAAACGUCAAUGCCCCAGCCUCCGGAUUCAGCAAUACAGCUGCAAGUUACCAGCUGCAGAUCAUGGUGACAGACAGUCAGGGAAACACCUGCAACGGAACACUGAAUGUCAACGUGCUUCCCAUCUAUGACAACCCCAUCAACUUCACGCAGUCAUCCAUGGUGGUGUCCAUCGCUGAGAACGGCGGGCCCGGGCAGCAGGUGGUCGUAGUGAAGGCGCAAGGGAACAACGUCCUGUAUGAGAUGACCACGCCCAGCACGUCCUACUACAUAGAGUCAGGAACAGGAGCCAUCAGGACGACCUACAACCUGGACCUGGACCGGCUCCCAUCCCUGGCCAGCACCGUCCUCCUGGUCCGGGCCUAUGACCAGUACCAGCGAAGUAACAGCGCAACCGUCACCGUGACCAUUAAUGUGACGCCCGUCAAUAACGUCGCCCCGCAGUGCAGCCCUGCUGUGGUGGUUGCACAGGUUCCCCAGGACCAGCCUAUUGGUUACAUGUUUGCGGAUUUCUCCUGUACUGACCCAGAUUCUACCGUCUUCUCCUACUCCAUCACCCCCAACGCCAACUCUCUGUAUUCCUUCCGUAUGCAGGGCUCGCAGCUGCAGAUUAAUAAUACGCUGACUUAUGACUCCUCUGCAAUUGCCAGCGUGAAUUUCCAGUACGCGGCCACAGUGGUGGUAACCGACAAUGGAACGCCGGCACUGACCACCAACAUUCCGGUCUUUGUGACGGUCACGCCUGUGAAUAACUAUAACCCCGCGUGUAUCGGACCCUUUUCCUACAACAUAAAUGAAAACUCGCCAUUUGGGACGUCUGUGGGACAGCUGAACGCCACUGAUGCUGACUACCCAUUUAACAAUGUACAAUACUCCAUCAUCGGCGGCCCGACUCCAACUGUCUUCUAUAUCGUCCCUAGGACCGGAGAAAUCAAGCUACUUGGCCCUUUGGACUACGAGACUGUAACCAGCUACUCGCUCAGCAUCAUGGUGGUGGAUCUGAACAAUGACAUUCAUCCGGAUCCUGCCAAUCAGAGGACCACCUACUGUUCCAUUACUAUCAAUGUGCAGGAUACCAAUGAUAAUCCCCCAGUCUGCAAUCCCCCGUUUUACAACACCUUAAUUUACUCCACCCUCCUAACCACAGCCACUGUCCAGCAAUUAUCCUGCAGCGACCCGGACGUUAGCACCACUGCACUGUAUUUCAGCAUUGUGGGAGGUAAUACUAACAGCCGUUUUAAAAUGAGCUCGUCUGCUGUGAUGCAUAAUCUCUUCUCAUAUAACCCUGAUGGUGUGUAUGACCCCACAAGCUAUGAGCUGCUCAUCCAAGUGACGGACAGUCUGGUGAACCCCAUACACAGCACCACUGUAACAGUGUUUGUAACCGUUGUUCCAUGGACCACGACGCAGCCUACCACUACAAGAACCACCCCGACUCCAGAAAAGCAAACGAUGCUCGUCACCCGGAACCUGGAUUACUGGCAGCCCGAUGUCUGGUUUAUGGUGAUUCUGACGCUGACCGCGGCUCUUCUAUUGGCUGCCAUUGGUCUGCUGACCUGGGCUCUGUGUAGAAGGACUCAGUUCUGUGCACGAGGCACAAAAGAGGCAACGGAGCCCCUCUUGCAGGAGCGCUCGCUAACAAAUCCUGAACCACCCGCUGAUCUCCGUAACCAGCCGCCAGCGCCACCGCCAGCCAAGGAGAAAAAAGAUCUUGCCCCAGUCAGCCCUCUGAGCCUGCAAUUUGAUGGCCGAGCCAAGGAUCCGGUUACAGGCAGAGAUUAUCUUUUCAACAGCCACACCGGGGAGAGAAGAUGGCUGUGAGGAGCGCCGCCGCGGUUAUACUGUACGAUAAUCUGGGGCUUCACUACAGACGGCUGAAUAAUGCGCACAAAUCAAAAGGAUGAAACCCGCUGUGGCAUUAAAUUAUACUGUGUGUGUAAUAUAAGACAUGAUUGCAGCUUGCAGUGUAUUUAAUCAGAACAUACCAUGAAAUGUAUCAUGUAUAACAGUGUGAUGCAGUGCAGUGCCCUCUCAUUCCCUGCAGGUGGCGAUGUCUGACCUCUUACACACAUGGCAAUGGCGCCACCUGUGGGCAGUUCAGCAAAGUGACUGUACAAUGAAUUUACCACUAGACUUGUUCUGAGCAGUGCCUUUACCCCUGGCCCCCUAUGUACAUCCAUUCAGACCAUGGGUAACCUCCAGACAAUGCCUGCUGCUUAGAUCCCAUUUCCCCCACCAGAGUGCAGCCAUGAGGCCAGCAGAUAGCACUGGAGAGAGGAGCGUCCAUCCCUGUAUGGAGUCUGCAAUAAAUGGGGGCCCCACUCCUGUUAUUGCCGCUGUGUAUCAUUUACUCACCCAACGUAUGGGACAUAGGGGCUCAUUUAUCAACCAGGGAUGAAACUCGUCGCGUAUAAUAAAUGGUGCUCCAGCCAAAGAACCAAGUCCGAAACGCGUUGGAGAAGGAGCAUGCCAGGUACUGCCCCAGGGGACUAUGAGAGGAGACGCACCGGAAGGGGGAGGUGAUAAACCCGGGAAUUUCCAUCGUUGUACCUUAUAGCGUGUAUUUCUCGUGAGGUCACAUGUGCUGCGCAGGUUGUUCAUGUUCUAUUCAUUUAUAUAUAUUGUGAAUAAAUCCCCUUUUUAAAUAUAAAAACUUGAAUUCACUAUGA